AUGGAGGCGACGACGACGAUCGAGGACCUGGAUCGGGAGGACGAGGACCUGGAGACAUGGGGGGAUUUGGCUCCCGAGCUUCUGGCCAACGUGGUGGAGAGGGUGCAGCAGAGCAAAGGCCAAGCGAGGCGCGUGGUUGCAAUGGCCGGGGUUUGCCGAUCGUGGAGGCGCCAGAUCCUUGGCUUCGUCCAGCGGCAGGGUAGCAAGGUUGGGGAUUGGGCCGCUUCCGCCCCGCCUUCAUGCCCAGUGAUCGAGUUCCCGUGGAGACUGAUGCAGCCGGGGCCUCGGGGUCAUCAUCCUCCGAUCCAGUGCUUGCUCACGCGCAAGGGGAACCACUUUCUUCUGUACCAGACCCUCAUGAGCGGUGGUGUGGACGCGUCGGAUGCGGGUGCUCAUGGCGACGACAAGCACUUCCUCUUGGCUGCCCGCCGGAGAUGGCUCCCGACUGGAUUCUCGUACAUCGUCGGGAAGGACCCGCAAGAUCUCAUGGACAAGCAGGGCCCGGACACUCUUGGCAAGCUCAAGUCCAACUUUUGGGCGUCCGAGUUUGUGCUGUGGGAGAAGCAAGACGACGCGGAUGACGACGACGGCAAGACCAGCAGCAUUCCGGUGGUAAGCUUGAGAUUUGUAGAGCAUAUAGUGAACGGGAUCCGGCAGAGACGCAUCCAGUGCGCUCUCCCGCAGCCAUGCAAAGCUGGCGGCGGCCUCAGUUUUGUUCUCGAGAGGCGGAGGCUGAGGAACGAGCGCAGGCUGAUGCCUGCGUCGGUCAGGUCGUGGCUGCUCACGUGGAGCUGUGCUUCCCCAUAUGCUAGCUUCAAGAGCUGCGGUAGCAGCAGCGGCAACAGGAUCAGGCGGAGGAGUAGACGGUCGUCGAUGCUGGAGAUUGCUGCCACAAGCCGAUCGGCUGCGGCGGUGGUGGCUCUCCCUCCGGCUGCUGCUGCUUUGAUGCCGGUGAUGAUGCAAGCCGAGGGAGACGAGAGUGAGGUGGAGUCGGAGGCCUGCCAUCACCUGGAGCUGCGGAGCAAAGUUCCUGCAUGGGAUGCCCAGCAGCAGUGCUGGCGUUUGCAAUCUGCCUCAGCAGCUUUGCCACUAGUGCGGGGCUUGAGCCGUGACGAAAGUUCUCGAGGCACAAACAAAGCAAAUAAGUAA